UUGUUUAUAAACUGCAAUUUCAACAUCACUCAGUAGUUACAGAUAUCAUUGAUGCCAUAUGCGACUGGCAUAUGUUUAUAGAGGAAGCAUAACGUAUUACAUUACAUUUCGCAACACAAUUUAUGUGAGGAAUCUGCUGCACCGGCUGCUUCAAUCCUGGACACAGGUGCCCAACACAGACAUGAUGGAUAUAUGUGUUGUUGCUGUGAGGAUUACCUGAAAUGAAGUGACGUCCAUGUUGAAAUCCUACCAUGAAAACCUGGCAUGUCUCUCCAUUUCUAAGAUCUAGAUUCGGCAAAACAAUUCUGCUGUCGCUAUGCGUCCUUGUAUUUGUUGUCUUUACGAACCUGUUUUACGGGUUUAGCGUACUAACGAAAACCUCUCCCAUGACAUUAACGUCUAGUGUUAACUACUUCAGGAUGCUUCAGCACAUGCCUAAAAAAUUAAUUAGAAAAUCUGGAAGCACGACAGAACAAAUAUGUCGUCAUCCAAGACUAUCCCUUUUCCAAGACUCCAUACAGAGUGCUUUUCACCCCAUGGAUCCAUUAGUGUGUUUAGCGAAAAAUCUGUUUUACUUUGAGAAAGGCGUUCUUCGUAUGAACGACACCGUUUUAAAUCCAUUUGAUCAGUAUAACCGUCAUGAAUUUGGAGAAGCAAAAACAAAUCUUUCAGAGGAUGAAACAAAAAUAAUCAGGAAGUGUCUUUACAGAGGAAUAGAGAGGGUUACAGACGACUAUCAUACAUUCACAGAAACAAUCGUCAAAGAAAAGCCGCCAUUCAGUUUGCUUGUAGAGCAUGACUUUAUGUCGGUGAAAUGUUUUUAUCAUCAUCCAGAAGAUGACGAAAAGGAACCAGAAGAAAAGGAACCAGAUUCGGAUGAGAAAAAUAAAUUGGAUGAAAAGGACCAGUCCGGUGUGGCAGAUGAGGAAAAGAAUUUCGGACCCAUAAAUUUUGAUGAAAUGAACCGUGAAAGUUUCCGUGAUGUUGAUGAAACAUUAAACGAGCAUGGGAGAGAUGCUUUGUUUGGCAGCGAAUAUGAUCACAGCUUUGAUGGAAAUUUUUCGUAUGAUUAUUUACAUUCAUGGCAUGAUUAUCACACUGACUUUGAGGAACAGGACAUUGCUGAUUUUGAUCAAUUUUUAGUACAGGUGCACCCAAAGCCGAGUGUCUUUCAAAGGAUUAAGGACAGCGUAAAGAAUAAACAUGCAACACAUUUGAAUGUCCUCAUGCUUGGUUUGGAUUCAAUGUCACACCUGUCAUACCAACGAAAGCUGCCAAACACUUACCGCUACCUCAGAGAUGAACUGGACAUGGUGAUUCUAGAUGCUUAUAACAUUGUAGGAGAUGCUACUACAGCCGCCUUGAUACCCAUACUAACAGGCAAGACAGAAGUAGAAUUACCAGAAGUUCGGAUAAAUCAUGAUGAUGCAGUGACUGUUGACAAAUACCCGAUGAUUUGGAAUGAAUUUCGGGACCAAGGCUAUGCAACGUUGUUUGCAGAGGACGAGCCAAGCAUAAGUGCCUUCAAUCUACGAUUAAAGGGAUUUGAAAACCAGCCGACAGAUCAUUACAUGCGUCCAUUUUGGCAAGCCAUCUGGGGAUCACAGCUUCGCGAAAAUAGUGUUCGGUAUUGUACUGGAGGUACACCUCAUCACAGCUACACCCUGGACUACGUGAAGGACUUCUUUGUCAAGUACAACAAUGUGUCAAAGUUCACGUUCGCUUUCAUGUCUGAAUUGACUCAUUGGGAUAACAAUCCCGGGGAACAUAUAGACAACGAUUUGUUUAAGUUUUUGAAAUUCUUUGAAAAGUCUGGUUACCUAGACAACACAUUGCUCAUUCUGAUGGCGGAUCACGGGGCUCGAUAUAGUCGUGUGCGGCACACUAUACAGGGCAAACUGGAGGAGAGACUGCCAAUGUUUGCUCUCAGAUUUCCUCCCAAAUAUCAAUCAUUCCAUCCAAGGUUGAUGGAGAAUCUUCGCAGGAACUCCAAAAAGCUCACAACUCCUUUUGAUAUUCACGAGACAUUAAAGGAUGUUCUGGACUUGUCGCGAACAAGUAAGUCCAGCCCACCACACAGUAGAGGCAUCAGUCUGCUGCAGCAGAUUCCACUCAAUAGGACAUGUGCUAUGGCCAAGAUUGAUGUUCACUGGUGUACCUGCUUGAUGCAGGAAAACAGGGAUGUGAAAAGUGAACAUGUACAAAAGGCAGCUUUUGAAAUCCUCUCUUACAUAAAUCAGUUGACUGAGCCAGUGAGGUCGGAAUGUGUUCCCCUAAAUGUGAAGGAGAUCAUACUAGCCUACCUUAUGAUUCCAAAUGAAAAGGUGCUGACAUACAUCAGGUCCAGGGAUGCUGACAACAGAGUGGCAAACUUUAGUCAGGAGGCCACAGUAGACAUUGUACAUUACCAGAUCACCAUGGUUACUCUGCCAAACAAUGGAAUGUACGAGGCCACCAUUUUGAUGAAUGUGACAAAUGGAAGAAUCAAAGUAAACCCAGAAAUGAUAAGUCGUUUGGAUUUGUACGGUACCCAGCCAGCCUGUAUACAACGCCGCUACCCUGAUCUCAGGAAGUACUGCUUCUGUGAACAACUGUUACAUCACAACACAACAUGGCAUACAGUGGUGCUACCCUGAUGUCAGGAAGUACUGCCACCGUGAAUAACUGUUACAUCACAACACAACACGGCAUACAGUGGUGCUACCCUGAUGUCAGGAAGUACUGCCACCGUGAAUAACUGUUACAUCACAACACAACACGGCAUACAGUGGUGCUACCCUAAUGUCAGGAAGUACUGCUUCUGUGAACAACUGUUACAUCACAACCCAACACAACACGGUGUACAGUGGUGCUACCCUGAUCUCAGGAAGUAUUGCUUCUGUGAACAACUGUUACAUCACAACACAACACAGUGUACAGUGGUGCUACCCUGAUCUCAGGAAGUACUGCCACCGUGAAUAACUGUUACAACACAACACAACACGGUGUACAGUGGUGCUACCCUGAUGUCAGGAAGUACUGCCACUGUGAUCAACUGUUGCAAUGGCAAAACACAACAUAUAGUCUAAAUCUGGAAAUAAAAUCACGGAAUUGAGUUCAAUCCAUGAAAAUACAACCAUAGAACUACCCGGUAAUUAGCUCAAGUUUGGACGAUUUGAUUACCUUACAAACAGAUUAUUUUAGUACUAAAUUAAAUAACUAUGAAUGUUUCCUUACCAGACUUGUAUAACAGUUUUUGUUCAUGAUCUGAAUGUUAAAAACACUUAAUGAGUUUUACUGUCAGUUCCAUCAUUCUAAACCAGACUGUGUAUUGUAACUAACAAAAAUGAAAUAUACUGUACCUUCUAAGUCUGACAGUUAAAACAUUAUAGAAAAUUCGUGAUUGCUAACGCAAAACAUUUCAAUUUCUGUUUUAAAUAUUAAAUCUGGACACAUUUACGCUACAACAUUACAGCUGUCAUGUUAGGGUAUUGGAAGUCAGAAGAGAAUGUCUUUCUGUCACACACCUAAAUGAUAUUGGUCUUCAUCAUCAGGAGUACUUGAUGUAUUCUCCUUAUCAUGAAACUAUUUGCGUUUUAUGAGGGAAACAAGCAGAUGUGUUAUAUUGUGUUGAAAAUCAAACUGGAGAGUACCUGUUUUGGGAAUUCCAAGGGCUCAACGUUGUCAUUGUUUUCAUCCAGUUUGACAUAAUUAUUAUACAGGAGGUUGACACUAUUCUGCCAAUAUAUGACAAGAGGGACUAAUUAUAUUUAUUUGAUAUAAGGGAGUAUAUCACAUAACUGUUUUAUAUAACUGGGAUAUAACUAGAACUGGGGAAAACUGUUUUAUAUAACUGGGAUAUAACUAGAACUGGGGAAUAUAUCAUAUUAGUAUUUUUUUUACAGGAAUACACCUUGUUACUGUAUAUUUUUCUACUUUAAAUAUAAUUAACAGGAGGGAAUAUAUCGCUUUAUUGCUUAUGUGGCAGGUUUUAAUUGUACAUAGAAUUAAGGUCGCCUUCUAGCUUCGAGCUAGAAGGAAUUUCCCUUUAGCUCAGUGGUAGAGCGUCUGACUAAGAACCUGGAGAUCGAGGGCUCAAUAACCGGUGGAAGCACACUUUUCUCUUUCCUUUACACUUAUAUACCUUGGGUAUUACUAGCAGAAAAGAGUACAUCAAGUUAAUAUUUUAUAAACAUUUAUAUAUCGGUUAUAAAUUUAACACGAUUUUAUAAAGCGAUCAAUAUGAAAUCCCUCUGAGGAACUCUCAGCAGCAACAUUUUUUUAAUUCUUGUUUACAAAACAAUUCAAGUGGGGGUCACAAUAGCCUUGAUAUCCUUAUGGUUGACAAUGUCUGUAGUCUUGAUACGUUGAUAAACUGUAUCCUUAUUGUCAGCGUAGUCCCAUGUCCUGUUUAUCUCAGUGCCUUCAUUAUAACAGCCUCACUGUCCACGAGGCUGUCUUCCUCAUUCUGUUAAAUUCCCACCUUCUAUGUACGCUGUAUGCA